UCCUUCAACCAGUGUUACUAACGUCGCUGUCUUGCUGUAAAUUAAUCUUCUGUCUCGGUUGUUUUUGUAAGAAUUUCAGACCCAGAGAUUCUCGGGGAUCAACAGAAUAAUAAUAAUAAUUUCAUAGCCCGAAGAAAUCUUGGUUUAGUCUUCUAGCAAAAAAAUGGAUGUCAAGCUCGAGGAACUGUUUAAGAGCGUCUCGGAGAAGCAAUGGAGGAAGUUUUUGUCAAGCGAUACUAAAAAACAAAGAGCAUGGUUACGGAAACAUUUACUUGUCUGUGCGACAGAUCUUUUUUCCGCUUUGGUCUUGAACAAAGUACAGUGGAGGUCUAUCACACUCAAGGUUGUCAAAGCCAUUGUGGGUAACAGACUCUCCGAAGCUCUCGCAAAGUUCCUGGACAUCCCAGAGAUGGUGGACUCAAAAGCCGUUAAAAUGUUGGAGAAACUAGUUGUCAAAGAAGUGAUCAAAAGGAUCCAACCCUCCACUGACACAGUCAAUGUGAAGAAAGGCUCCUUUGUCAAGAGAAGCAUUCAUAGACUAUUUUAUAGGAUUGAUCAAAUUGACCAGCAGCGACCUAAAAUAUCUGGCUUGAUAAAACCAAUCAUUAAAGUAACUGGGAAACAUGGGGUUUUUAAAAAGUACCGUGGGGGAAGCUCCUGGUUCAAAAAGGGUAUCCCCGAGUUACCAACCAUUGUCGAAGUCUCUCAGAAGGAGGAAAUGUUGGCUGAACUCAGCUAUUUUGGAUACACCAUUCAGGGAGACACAAAGGAAUUUGCAAAGAUGUUAACUGAUAGUGGAAAAGCCCACUAUUAUGAGAGAUCACUGUUAUCAAAUGAGUUUGACUUCCAAGAACAGCUAUCCCACGGAGGAGACCAAAUAUUUGAGAGUUCCUGUGAACACAACAGUUUUAACAGUGAGAACGAUCAGGCUUGUGGUCAAUCACAAUUUACCACAGCUGAGAAGAAAAGCACGCAAGACCUCAGUUCAGAGAAUCAACCCAGUAAAGCAUAUGUGAGCCAGAUUAUUGGGCUGGUUCUGUGUCAGGCCCUGGAAUCAUCAGAUAAGAUAUGCCACUCUGACGUCUUCCAGGACAUCUUCAAAUGGACCCUUGAGAAAGUCUGGGAUCAGGUUCAGGGGAAAGAAAUACAAUUUCGCUCAAGAGUAAGAAAGAAAUACAUCAAAAGAAUCUUCUUGAGGCUUUGUAACGCAAUAUUCUGCACUGAUAAAGACGCCUUGUGUUUACUAGUCAUGAAAAUCCCAGAGUUUGAAGAGACAAUUGUGUCCUGUUUUGAGAAAUACCUGUUAAAGAGAGUUAGCAAGGUGGAAAGAUGUCAUGACUUUUUAAGUGACCUUUAUAGAAAAAUAAAAUGUUGGUCGCGUGCUGAUUUGGUAGAGUCAUCCAAUAUGGAAAGUAUAGUGAUAGACGGAGAGGACUUUCAAAUAAAUUUUCUCCAGGGGAAAAGUAAAGCAGCAAUAACUAGAAGUUCCACAGACAUCCCAGAGAUCACUGCUUGUUCUAGAGCUACAGGCAGAUCCGAGAAACACCCUGAAGAGACACCAGGAGCAGAAAACGAGAUAAAAAUGGCCCUACAGACUCUCGUCAAAGUUCUGGUGAGCAAAAUGAUUGAAGAAUCAGCUUGUAGCUUCCAGGCUAAACAUGUUGAUGAGUUCUGUGACAUGAUGUCCCAGGAAAUUUGGAAUGACGUUCAGGACAAAGAUGUCAAGUUGUCCUUGGGAAGGAUUGAGGAGCUCAGCCAAGCAAUUUUCAGGGACAUUUUUGAAAAGAGUGCAGGUCAAAGCAUGAACCUGGGAGAAUUGGAUAAACCGCUGACAAGUUUUUUCAGGUCCUGUGUGAUAGAAGAUCUGAAGAGGCCAGUGGAGACAUCUACUUGACACACAGCAACAGUUGCA